AUGAUAAGCUUUGAGGUUCGUCUGAUGUUGGUUAUUUUGUAUGGGCGAGAGGGGGCGCGGGGUUCAAGCAAGGCUGGUCGUGUAAGUGUGAAGAAGCUAAGAGGUGUAUCGGGUCCCCUCCGUGCUGGUAGGCGGGGCUCCACCGUUACAAGUGCUCCACGCACCGUCACGAGCUUACGUGCCGCGGACGGCGCAUUAAACCUAUUCGGUUUAACCUCCUUGGCUGAAUAA